AUGCCUAUGUGUUCUGUGUUUGGCUGUAAGACAGGCAGCAAAAGUAAAUUACACAAAGCUGUAAAAGGUGUAAGACUUCAUCGAUUUCCAAAAGAUGAAUACUUAAUAAAAGUUUGGACUCAAUUUUGUGAAACUACAAAAUCCAUUAACAUAAAAAAUGCGCACAUAUGUUCACUGCAUUUUGAAAAACAAUAUUUUUCAAAGUCUUUAAUACAAAAAAUGCUCUCUUAUUCACCAACAAAUCAAAAGAAAUUGAAAACAGAUGCUAUACCAACUAUAAAAAGGACCAGUAGUGUUAAUAGUAUUGAGAGUAAUCAAGAGAAAAAGAAUCCAAGAAAAAUAACUUCAACUUGUUUGCAAAGUCCAAUUGGUGUUAUUACCGUUGAUGAUGUUUUUGAAGAUGGUCAGUAUUCUAAUAAGGCGUAUACCAUAGAAACGGCAUCUAAAACUUUGUUGCAUAGUCCAAGUGGUGUUUUUACUGUCGAAAAUGUCGUUGAAGAAGGUCAGAGUCCCAAUGAGGUGUAUACCAUAAAAACAGCAUCCACAUCACAUUCUAGAGUAAACUCCAGAGUCAAAACAGAUUUAUUCAACAUCAAAGAUAGUUUGUCCCAAAAUAAUGCUGAUAAUAAUGAAUCAGUUGCCGAAUUUAAUUUGGAAUGUAGCAAAGAUUUGGUUGAAGCGGCAUACACUGAAAUUAAUAGGUAUAUGUAA